AUGAUGCUACUUGUUCUCAUAACGAGUGUCGUGCGCCAUAGCUGGAACAUCGGGGUCGCCCUCUUGUGCAUCUGGCUCUGUCUUGAGAAUGUCAUCUGCGCCGUAAACGCCGUAUCUUGGUCUGACAAUGCUCAGGCCAAAAUGUACACUUGGUGUGAUAUCACUUCCCGACUGAAUACCGCUGUGCUCGUCGGCCUGAACAUUGCUCCAUUGCUCAUCACACGUAGGCUAUAUCUCAUCGCCAAUCUUCGAUCCAUCGCCCCUAUCAGCAGGAGAGCAAAGCUAUGGGACAAUGUUGUUGAGUGGACGUGCGGACUUAUCUGGCCUCUCGUGAGCGCUGGGCCUCUUUACUACGUUGUACAGACAGCGCGCUUUGAGGUGAUUGAAGGCCUCGGUUGUUUCAACGACGAGCUUUCACACUCAAUUCUUGCCUUUGUACUGGCCCAAGUAUGGACGAUAUUGCCUCCGCUCAUAUCCGUGGUGAUAUACUAUCCAAAGGUCAUAUGGACGUUCUACACUCAGAGUAGAGAGAUUGAUCGGUUCCUUGGCUCCAGCGAUGCAAUAUCCCGGAGAACUUACAUGCGCGUGCUCGCAAUCGCCAGCGUCGACAUCCUCUUAUUGCUGCCUAUGGGGCUCGUAUCCAUUGCUUUGGAGUUGCACACCAAUGUGCGUGACUUGCGGUCCCUAUCUUUCUAUCCUGGCUGGAAUGCCGUACACUCCCAUUGGACUGUAGUUCAAGUUCCAUAUACAGACAUCGUCUCUGGAGGUACAUACAGCAUAGUCAGCUUCUAUUGGGAAAUCUGGACAACACCCGCCCCCGCUUUUGUGAUCUUUGCUCUCUUUGGCCUUACAUCAGAUGCACGAGACUCCUACCGGCACAUGUUCUUCGCCAUCGCAAAUUACUUUAGACGACCUAAGGCCCACUCAAGUGCCAGACUAGAAGAGGGCCCCGGUGUGGCUCCUUCGCACAGUCUAAGCACAGGAACCUCAACACCUAUGACGUCUAACUCCUCCCGGGUUGAGCCAGUCCAUUGCGAUACCGCUGGCGCAUCGCAAGAGUGUAAUAGACCCCACUAUGCGAAGUCGGAGAAUGCCAGUAGUCUCAUCAGUAGAUGGCUACAGGAUAUCCGGGAAACCGCAUAG